UGCUUCUCAUUUCACCAUCAAGAAACUGAACCGGAAAUGAAUAAUUCGAUAGAUAGGGUUCCGAUAUUUUUUAGCCCUAGAAAUUAUUGAUUCAUGGAAUUGGAGACCUCGAUAUUGACGCCCACGCAGCGGUACGCGGCGGCCGCAUUGUUUGCGCUCGCUCUUCACCAGUCUCAGGUCCACCAAACAAAGCCUUUGAAUAGUUCAGUCCCUCUAGAAGAGGAGCCGAUUGGCGAAGGUGUCAGCGAUGGAAAGAGAGCUUCGGUCUCCGAAGAUCCUCUGCUUUGGGUCCACGAAAAAUCUGGCUUGCUUCGGCAUGUUUUCGGGUUUCUUGGGGUGGAUAGCCAAGCAUGGGAUGGUUUGAAGGAAACUGCCGGAAAUUCCUCACAAAUCCGGCAUCACGUUGGAGCGUUCUUGACUUUGCUCUCAGAGGAUGGGCCUUCUUCAGAAAAAAUUGACAAGGAACUUGCUUUGACAAAGGCUGUUGAUGCGAUGGUGCUUAGUAUGGAAAGCCUUCCUCUUUCCUCUGAAGACAACAAUGAGAGUUGUGAAUAUGGAAUCAGAUGCCGUGAGAAAUAUUCAAAUUCUGAGACAGAAUCAAUCUCUGAUGUGGCUGAAGAGCCUUAUGGAAGCACACAGAAGACAAGUUUGAAGAUAUCCUUAGAAGAAGAAGCUUCUAAUGGGUCCAGAGGCAAAACUUGCGAGAAACCUGUGGAAGGAGCACUGCUCAGUUAUCAGAGGAAAGUGACAGUUCUUUACUUGCUUCUUUCAGCUUGUGUUGCAAAAAAUACUGAAGAUGACAAGAGGUGUUCUCAAUUAGCAAAGGGCUAUGAUGCUCGACAUCGUGUGGCUUUACGGUUGCUAGCAACAUGGCUUGGUGUCAAAUGGACAAAAAUGGAAGCCAUGGAGAUUAUGGUUGCUUUCUCUCUAAUGGCUUCAGAAAAAGAGAAAGUUGCAGAGGAAGAAAAAUCUGAAACUCCAGAAAGUUCUUGGGAUACAUGGAAGCGGGGAGGUAUCAUUGGUGCAGCUGCUUUAACUGGAGGCGCUGUGAUGGCCAUCACUGGUGGCCUAGCUGCCCCAGCAAUUGCACAGGGUAUGGGUGCUCUGGCUCCUACAUUUGGCAGUAUUGUCCCUGCAAUUGGAGCUAGUGGAUUUGCUGCAGCAGCAAGCGCCACAGGAUCUGUUGCUGGUUCUGCUGCUGUUGCUGCAUCAUUUGGUGCUGCGGGAGCUGGCCUUUCAGGGUUUAAAAUGGCUAGAAGAAUUGGAAAGCUUGAAGAAUUUGAGUUCAAAGCAGUUGGAGGAAAUUGUAACCAAGGCCGGCUAGCAGUUGGGAUUUCGGUUUCUGGACUGGUAUUUGAGGAAGAAGAUUUUAUAAAGCCUUGGGAGGGUCACAAUGAUAACUUGGAAAGGUAUGCACUCUGGUGGGAGUCCAAGAAUUUGAUUGCAUUGAGCACUGCAAUUCAGGACUGGCUAACCUCAAGAAUUGCCUUGCAAUUAAUGAAAGAAGGUGCCAUGAUGACUGUACUAAGCACACUUGUAGCAUCAUUUGCUUUGCCAGCUACAUUAGUCACAGCAUCCGAUCUUAUAGACAGCAAAUGGGCAAUUGCUGUGGACAGGUCAGAUAAAGCUGGGAAGCUGCUUGCUGAAGUGUUGUUGGCGGGAUUGCAAGGAAACAGGCCUGUAACACUCAUUGGUUUCUCAUUGGGGGCUCGAGUAAUUUUUAAAUGUCUCCAGUGUUUGGCUGGUACAGAAGGAGAAAAUGCAGGACUUGUAGAAAGGGUUGUAAUUCUUGGAGCACCAAUUUCAAUUCAAGAUGAAAGUUGGGAGGUUGCUAGAAAGAUAGUUGCUGGCAGAUUUGUGAAUGCUUAUUCCACAAAUGAUUGGAUGCUCGGCAUUAUUUUCCGUGGAAGCUUACUUUGUCAAGGAUUAGCUGGUAUUCAGCCCGUUGACGUACCCGGGAUUGAAAAUGUUGAUGUAACACAAACCAUAGAAGGCCACUCUUCUUAUCUCUGGAAGACAAAACAAAUCUUGGAGCAGCUUGAACUAGAUUAUUUCUACCCUGUUUUCAGCAGCACACAUUCCAAAUCCCAGGAAGAAAAAGCUCGUUAGUCUAUAGCUUUCACUUCUGUGGUUUGAUCUUACACUUCUACCCCUUUUCCCUUUCUCUGUUUUCUUCCUUCGAUGAACUUAACCCUUCUGACUUCUCUCUUUUCCUUCCUUGAUAUAUAAUUUAUUCUCUCUGUAAUUAGCUUCUAAGUUGUCUGCACCAAUUAUCACCGAUAUAUCAAAUUAUGCCUCUCAAUUUGCAAUUA